UAUUAUCCGAGGCGAUCUCGCCUUCUGGUAUCAUGGCUUCCUCUUCCUCUCCUCUUGGCAAUUCUAUGCUCCUCUUGUUUCUGCUUGUGGCAGCACUGACUGCUUCUACGUCCAAGGCUUGUGAAGGUUUUGCAGGCAGCUGCAAAGACAUUUUUGUCAAGGGGCCAGUGCUCGAAGCCGAAUGCAUGAACAACAGGGGAUGGAAGUUCUAUUCAGCCGUUGAUAUCUCCAAGUGCAUCACUUAUGGCGAGGAUGGGAAGCUCAAAUGCGGGGAGAGGUUCACAUACGGGCUCGAGAACUGCCGGGGGAUUGAGUAUCUCACGUCGGGCACCAUGAUGGAGGGCGAGUGCAAGAACACCGAUGGCGAGUAUGUGGCAAGCACUCUGGAUCUCAACGAUUGCAUUGGCAACAUCAAUGGAUUCCUGCGAUGCGCUUCACUCAGUGACGAAUGUGUCAAUCGUCACAAGGACGAGUGAGUGACGCCUUUGGAUCAUAUGGAAUAAAGGCAAUGUGGAUCUUCUAUAGUCACCAUGCUAGCAUAAACAAGUUCCAUCCGUGAAA